AGGCAACCAAUUUAGUUCGCUAGAAGCACAGUGUAUACUGUAACCAGAUAGCUUUAGCGUUAGCCAGAAUUGUUAGAUCAGAACCUGACCGUCAUUAAGCCGGAUAAGUCGAAGUUUGGAAAUAUGAAUUGUUAUAGAUGUGACUUGUUGUUUAGGCUCGUAUUGAUUCGGAGUUCACGACUCACUCGAUCCUGUUGUAAGAAAUUAAAUGUACGAUAACUGUAGAUAGUUAGCCAGUUAGCUAUUACAGUUGUUUCCUAAUUAGCUAUCUGGCUAGCGUGUUUUCAAGCAAAACACUGGAAGGGUGUGUUGGCCGUACAGCUAAGAAAUUAGCUUCGAGUAUACUACGUCUGUCGCAACGACUUAAACUCGUAAUUUAGCUAACUGACAAGAGCAUGUGAUGUUUGCUUGCUAGUUAUAUACCAACUGUUUUGGAUGCGUAAGUUACAAAUCUGAACAAACAUUAAGUCCCUUACAGUCCAUCGACCGUUUUAAAACUGCAGUUCGAACACCAGCUGUGUUUUUUUGAACUAGUUGUAGUAUUUAGCAUUGGGUAGUCAGAAUAGUCAACUACGUAACAUUGUCGUACAAUUCCGUUUUACAUUGAGUAAGCUCUGACUUGUUUACAACCUGGACGGAUGUGACUGCAAAGCGAAUCUAUCGCUGUUACCGACGCAGCACUUUCGACACAAGCAAUGCCGGAGGCGUCUUUCAUGUCGACAUCUAUGAUGUUAAUCCACCUAAGAACGAAAUAUCCAAGGUCAAUGGAUCACAGCAAUCAAGCACUCAACUUUGUUGCUAGACCUCAUCAUUGUGACCGCUGUCCAGCUGAAACCACUGCAGAUUUAAUUGCUGAAAUGAGCCUGCAGCAUGCUGUCCAUUUGCACAUCAAGGGGAUAAGAGUUGAGGUGGAGUGUGUGCCAGCAGCCCAGCCGUGUCCACCACAAACUGAGCAAUGGGGAACACUGCAACCAAGUUCCGGAAGGCACUCAUCAAUGGAGAUGAGGGUCUGGCCUGCCAGCUGUAUGAGAGCAAUCCCCAAUUUAAGGAGUCACUGGACCCCAACACUUCAUACGGGGAGCCGUACCAGCACAACACCCCCCUGCACUAUGCCUCCAGACAUGCUAUGAGUCGACUGUUGAGAUCCUUCCUAUUUUGCAAAGAUGGAAACCCCAACAAGCGCAACAUUCACAAUGAGACCGCCCUACACCUACUUUGCAUGGGACCACAGAUCCUGCUGUCAGAAGGUGUGCUCCUCCCACGCAUUACCCGCCCCUUUGAAGAUGAGCAGAAGCGUGCUGACUGCCUCCAGAUGAUCCUCAAAUGGACUGGUGCCAAACUGGACCAAGGGGAGUAUGAGAGAGCCAAUAUCGAUGCCACUGACAACAAGAAAAACACCUGUUUGCACUAUGCAGCCGCCUCAGGGAUGAAGAUCUGUGUGGAGUUCCUGGUGAAGAGCAAUGCAGACCUGUUUGCAGAGAAUGAAAACAAGGAGACACCAUGCGACUGCGCUGAAAAACAGCACCACAAGGAGUUGGCACUCAGCCUUGAGGCUCAGAUGGUCUUUUCUAUGAACCCAGAGGUUGAGAACAUCGAGGCUGAGUAUGCUGCCCUUCACCACAAAGAGCCAUAUGAGGGCCUGAAGCUGCAGGAUCUCCGUAAGCUGAAGGACAUGCUGAUUGUGGAGACGGCUGACAUGCUCCAGGCCCCACUCUUCACUGCUGAAGCGCUGCUCAGGGUACACGACUGGGACAGGGAGAAGUUGCUGGAAGCCUGGAUGUCCAACCCUGAGGACUGCUGCCAGCGAUCAGGUGUUCAUAUGCCAACCCCACCCCCCAGUGGGUACAACGCUUGGGACACCCUACCAUCCCCUCGGACGCCCCGUACCACCCGUUCAUCUGUCACCUCGCCUGAUGAAAUCAGCUUAUCACCUGAAGAUGAGAGCAUACCCCUGUGCGGCAUCUGUAUGAGUGCCAUCUCUGUGUUUGAGGACCCCAUUGAUAUGUCAUGUGGGCAUGAGUUCUGCCGAACAUGCUGGGAAGGGUUUUUGAAUCUGAAGAUCCAGGAGGGAGAAGCACAUAACAUCUUUUGUCCAGCCUAUGACUGCUUCCAGCUGGUUCCUGUGGAGGUUAUAGAGAGUGUGGUUUCCCGGGAGAUGGAUAAGCGCUAUCUGCAGUUUGACAUAAAGGCAUUUGUGGAGAACAAUCCUGCGAUUCGAUGGUGCCCUACGGCGAGAUGUGAGAGAGCAGUGCGACUUAUACAACAGGGCGCUGGUGCCAUUACCUCGGAUUCCCUCAGCUUCCCCAUACUCCGAGCUCCUGCAGUGGAUUGUGGGAAAGGGCAUAUCUUCUGCUGGGAGUGUCUAGGAGAUGCCCAUGAACCAUGUGAUUGUCAAACCUGGAAGAUGUGGCUCCAGAAAGUGACUGAGAUGAAGCCAGAAGAAUUGGCUGGUGUGAGUGAAGCUUAUGAGGAUGCUGCCAAUUGCCUGUGGUUACUCACCAACUCCAAACCCUGUGCCAACUGCAAGUCACCAAUUCAGAAGAAUGAAGGCUGCAACCACAUGCAGUGUGCCAAGUGCAAAUAUGACUUCUGCUGGAUCUGUCUGGAGGAGUGGAAGAAACACAGCUCCUCCACAGGGGGGUACUAUCGCUGUACCCGCUAUGAGGUCAUCCAGCAAGUGGAAGAACAAUCCAAGGAGAUGACAGUGGAGGCUGAAAAGAAGCACAAGAGCUUUCAGGAACUGGACCGCUUCAUGCACUACUACACACGCUACAAAAACCAUGAGCACAGCUACCAGCUAGAGCAACGUCUUCUGAAAACUGCCAAAGAAAAGAUGGAACAGCUGAGCAAAGCCUUCAGUGGAAGGGAGGGCACUGCACCUGACACCAUGUUCAUUGAAGACGCUGUACAUGAGCUUCUCAAGACUCGCCGCAUCCUCAAGUGCUCUUACCCAUAUGGCUUCUUUCUGGAACCCAAAAGCACAAAGAAAGAAAUAUUUGAACUUAUGCAGACUGAUCUGGAGAUAGUGACAGAGGACCUUGCUCAGAAAGUCAACCGCCCUUACCUCCGCACACCACACCAUAAAAUUAUCCGUGCUGCCUGUCUGGUUCAACAGAAGAGACAAGAGUUCUUAGCAUCUGUUGCUCGGGGUGUGGCUCCCAAUGACUCUCCCGAAGCCCCUCGUCGCAGUUUUGCCGGUGGGACAUGGGACUGGGAGUACUUAGGCUUCGCUUCUCCUGAGGAGUAUGCAGAGUUCCAGUACCGAAGACAGCACAGGCAGCGGCGGCGUGGAGAUAUGCACAGCUUGCGCAGCAGUACCCCAGAUCCCGAAGAUCCCAGUGGCAGCACUUUAGAAAGCAACAGUUGCUUCCAGCUCCAGGACAAAGAGAACCAAGAUGAGGACUGGCUUUUCUACAGCGCAAUUGAUUCACAGCAGGUGUCAAAGUCAAGAGUUUCCUUGGACAAGCCUGCACCAUUCAGAACCAUCUGCACUCAAGCAGUAAGACUGACAAACAUCCAGGCACCAACUAGCUUAGGAAAUUUCUGUUUGUUCUUUGCUUUUAAGGAAUUUUGUCACUGAGUAUAUGCGAAGUUGUGUGUAGAUUAUAUCGUCUCUUGUUAAUUAGCUGCAGCUGCCUAGCCUGCAUAGUUAAGCGUACAUACUCUUACUUACAUUAGCUUACAGUCUGUCGUCCUUUUAACCGGAGAUCUGUGCAUGUCAUCUCUCAUGCACUAACAUACUCAUUCGAUAUAUGGUCUCUUACAUUUAGAAUACAAAGGUAUUCUGAAAUUAGCUAGAUGUAGCUAACUUCAGUAGUCUUUUAUCCACCCCGUUCCCCUGAAUUCCAGGCCAGCUUUUAGCAGCACAUGCUAAAAGCUGAUUCAUAGGUUCGCUCCAACAGAGGAGCUUUUGUUCCCUGCCCCACGUGUGCUGGAGAACACACAUGACUAGACACACGCAGAACAGUCUAGUCCUGCUUUUAUUUCAUUUUCUAUUUAGCCUUUAAUUAUUUUAGUUUUGUUUGUUAUUUUUGAUUGUUUGAUAUUUGUUAAAUAAAUUCUAUUUUAUUAAACCAUUGGUCUGAUUAUUAUUCGCAUAAAUGCUUGAGCUUACCUCCUCAAAGAACUUAUGCAAGAUAUCAUUGGUUAUUGUUUUAAUAUUUAAUAUUGAAAUACAUAAUCGGGAUUUAAUUAAUUUUAUGUGAUUGAUUAAUUAUGAUUAUACUUUGUGAGGAUUAUUAAAACGGAUAAGUUUUAAUUAUUUGUCCUUACUGAUCUACAAUUCGUAGAGGUGUUUUUCCCCACACCACCAUGCUUCACCAUAGGGAUGGUAUUGGCCAGGUAAUGAGCGGUACCUGGUUUCCUCCAGACGUGACGCUUGGCAUUGUGGCCAAAGAGUUCAAUCUUGGUUUCAUCAGACCAGAGAAUCUUGUUUCUCAUGGUCUAAGAGACCUUUAGAGUCCCUGCAGAAAUUUUGUUGUAUCCUUCCCCUGAUCUGUACCUUGACACAAUCCUGUCUCGGAGGUCUACAGACAAUUUCUUGUACUGCAUGGCUUGGUUUUUGCUCUGACAUGCACUGUCAACUGUGGGACCUUAUAUAAACAGGUGUGUGCCUUUCCAAAUCAAGUCCAAUCAAUUGAAUUUACCACAGGUGGACUCCAAUCAAGUUAUAGAAACAUCUCAAGUAUGAUCAAUGGAAACAGGAUGCACUUGAGCUCAAUUUUGAGUGUCAUAGCAAAGGGUCUAAAUACGUAUAUAAAUGUGAUAUUUCCGUUUUUUAUUUUUAAUAAAUUUGCAAGAAUUUCUAUUCCAGUGGGUCAAAAGUUUACAUACACCAAGUUGACUGUCACUUUAAACAGUAUUCCAGAAAUUGAUGUAAUGACUUUACAUAAGCUUCUCAUUAGCCAAUUGUCAUAAUUAGGAGUGAAUUCUGAGUUAAUUGGCACCUGUGACUGUAUUUAAGGGCCUACCUUUAGAGCCACUGCCUUCUUACCCUUGAUGUCAUGGGAAAAUCAAAGCAACUCAGCCGAGACCUCAGAAGAGAAAUUGUGGACCUCCACAAGCGCAGUUCCUCCUUAGGAGCAAUUUCCAAACAACUGAAGGUACCAAGAGCAUCUGGACAAACAAUUGUAGGAAAAUAUAAAAAUCUUGGGACCACACAGACACUGCAUCAUUCAGGAUGGAGGCACAAAUUAACUCCCAGGACCGAAUGAACUUUGGUCCAAAAGGUUCAACUGAACCCCAAGACAACAACAAAGGAACUAGUGAAGGAGUUGGAGGCAUCAGGUACCAAAGUAUCUACAUCCACCAUUAAGAUAAUCCUACAUUGCCAUAGCCUGAAAGGCUGUCACGCAAAGGAAGAAGCCCCUACUCAAAGACCAGUAUAAAGAAGCCAGAAUAAAGUUGUAACAAAAUGGUUUAAAUACAACAAAGUGAAAGUAUUGGAGUGGCCAUCACAAAGCCCUGACCUGAAUCCAUAGACCGUAUAAAGAUAUGGACGAAGUGUGUCAUGACGUCACCCACUGAUUUGCAAUGGUUAGUGCUCACUGGUGCAUGAAGCCCAAACUAGGGCGCAGCCAUUGCCCAUUGCAACCAACGCAAGCUCAGUGGAGUCCAGGACUAUGGGAAACUCCACCCUGACUACCUUACAUGGUAAUUAGACACACCCACGUCUGGAAUACGAGCGUGUCCGUGUAACCACAGAACCGUAAUCAACAGCGGAGUCAUAGCGAGAGGAUCCUCCUAGUACAACCGUGCUGAAAUGCUGAUAUUUAGCUAGAUCUCGCUGACUUGUAUUGAGGUUACCCACACAGACCAGCAAUAAUUUCAGGUUAAAAAUGUUGCACAAACACUCGUAAACAUUUGAAUGUUAUGUCGGUAGCCUAGCUAUUUUAAAAACGGUCUAUGGUGCUACCACAAAACCAUGGUCAAUAGCUCAUAGUGAGAGGACCCUGUGGAAGUAUGGGUUUUCUUCAUUCUUUUAAUGUUUUUACAUUUCUUCUUAUUAAAGAUUGUUCUGAUCAAGAAUAUAUUUAAAUGUAUGUGAUUAUGGGAUGAUCUCUGAAGAACAAUAGGUAUUCUGUGUUAUGUCUAUUUGUAACUAAGGAAAGACAGUGGUCUCCUUGUACACUGAUGCAUACUACCUAGAGAAUCUUUGAACCCCAGUUGCAGGAGGGAAAAUUGUAAACAUUUACUUAAGUGGAAUUUUGUAAGUAACUUCUGGUGGGAAACAGUCUUGUGCAGAAGACCUUUGAGUUGUAAGAGAAGAGAAAGGAUACUGAUUUAGAAAGAACUGAUUUGCUAUAUCUAGUAAAUGUAUAGAUUAUAUUCUAUUAAAAUGAAUGAAUGAAAAUCAAA